AUGUAUGCGCUCCCUAGACGGGAAUGGGACACAGCAUGCUAUCGAACAGCUGUACUGCUUCAUCUUUUGCAAGAUCCAAAGCAGAGUCAAGAAGCACAGGGUCUGUUAUCUGAUUAUGGUAAACCUUAUUUAGAGAUUGCAAAUCCCAUUGCGCCCAAUGAUCUCCCGCCCAUUCGGAUGGAAAUGCCCUUGAUGCAUGAAGUGACUGAGCAAGAUCAGUUUCAACUAUGGAUAUUUUAUCAGUCUGCACUCAGUACGAGCGAUAAGGAAUGGCAUAAUACAAAGUUGGCCUAUGAAAAGCUACGGCAAGAGAACAUGGAAGCGAUUCAACAGCAUGAAGAAGAAGGCGACGGCGCCAAAGAUUGGGCAAUGACUCAGUUACAGAUCGAGACCAAGAAGCAGCAGGUGGACCGCAUCAGCACAGACAAUGACAAUACCAUGAUAUUUGUUGCUGUCAGCAACAGUCAGUUUGAGUACGGAUGGCAGGUGUACCAGGCCAUGGGAGAUGCUGUCAAUGAUGCUACGCCCUGUAUUGUAAUGCAUCUCUGCUGGGUAGCAUUUCGACAGAUCCCUAUAGCCGAUAUCUCGAGACGCACUUACUGGGAGAAUCGAGCAUGGUCCGUGUACUCUCGGUUCAUGUGCUCUGAAUACCUGCACCCCGAGGAAAAUGAAGCGCCGGGAUUCUUGCACGAUAUCUUGUCCAUUGCAGCCAACAGCCCCGAGAUUGUGAUUGACAGAAAAGCACGCUACACCAAGGCAAUGAGCAUCUACAGCCUGCUGGUUCGACUGCAUUUCGACAAGCUUCUGUGCGAUGACCGUGUUCUGGAGCCUAUUCUGUGCACACUGCUGUACGAGUGCAAAGGAUCGCCUGCCAACAUUGUCACGAUGAGCAACAAAGGUUUUGAAAUCUGGAAUCGCAAGUUGGAAAUAGCGCAUUCGAGCGUCAGAACGUCGUAUUCAAUGCUUUGGGGCCUAUUGGUUCUUGCUUUGAAAUCUGGCCAAGCAGAUCUGGAUAAAGUUCUUGUACAACUGCUGGAAAAGGACAUGAAUGACGUUCCAUCCUCCCUGAUAGCCAUCAUACAGACCAUCCAUGAUCAGACUAUGUGUAGUAGCUGCUACUUUUUUGACUAUAUGUUCCACUGCAUUAAAUUCACAGACUCGACAGAGGAGACCAACGCCAUCCUGGUGGACAAGCUUGGUUUUGUGUACCAUGGCGAGCCCAAGCAAGGAUUUUUGGACAAACAGCCCGUCUGGCGCACCAACAUCAAUGAAAUGCAGGCCACCAGCAUUUCCAUGGCAGUGAAAAUGGGAGUUGCCAAGCAGGAAGAGCUGGUUCCAAAGCAAAUGUAUUAUUCCACUAAAAAGGCAAAGGCGCUUCUUCGUCACUGUUUGAAGAGAUCAGAACUAAAGAGCUUCACGUGA